AUGAAAUUUGGUACACUUCUAAAAGAAGGCGCGAACCCAAAUGUAACCUGUCGUCUUGAAAUGGUAUCGGCCUGCCAUCUAGCUGCAUUAACUGGUGGUGAUGCACUCUCUCUAUUGGACAAAUAUGGCGCAGAAAAGAACAGACUUGAUAAAUACGGUAGAACACCCUUACACCUAGCUGCAUAUGCGGGUAAUGCGCGCCAAAUGGCCAUUCUACUAGAUUUUCCUGAAGAUAUACAAAGUCGAGUGGAAUCCGAAAGGAUGUCACCAAAAGCCGAAGAAGACGUGAAAAAGAUAAGCCAUAUCAUAAACGACAUGGUCAACAUUCGUUGCGAUGUUGACGAAGUCAAUACAGAAUUACCAAAAGCAUGGAAGGAUGACAUUGAUCAUAAUUGUAUGAGCGUCAAAGAAAAUUUACCACUACUACAGCCAGGAUGGACUCCACUCCACGUAGCAGUCUCCUGUUCCCACCAGCAUUGUACUCGGCUAUUACUAGCAGCUGGAGCGGAUCCCAAUAUACAAGAUGUUUUAGGCCGAACGCCUCUCGACGUUGUAGGAUCAGCAUACUAUAAUAACCUUGAAAUCAAUUCUGAAAGUUUUACAGAAAUCAUCAAAAUGCUAAUCAAAUCUGGUGGAACGCAUAAUUCUAUGAAAUGUCAUGGCUUAGAUAACAUUGAUACCCCUCUUCACACUGCAAUAGAAUUGAAGAACAUCGCCAGUAUGCAGGAGCUUCUGGAUAUAGGAGCGUCUGUUAAUUGUUUAAAUUCCUCUGGACUAACACCAUUACAUCUUUGUGUGAAGCUUCAAUUAGAGGAUCCUUUGCAGGUUUUAGCUAAUUAUCCGUAUGAUGAUUGUGAUCCUUUUGUGGCCAUUAUUGAUGCAAAGGAUAAGGAUGGGCAUACAGUUCUGCAAUUAGCUGUCGAAGAGGCGUGGGUUCCUGGUGUUUGCAUUGCUUUAGAAGCUGGUGCUGAUGUCACUCUUAAGGCAAAUGAUGGCGAAACGCCUAUUCAUUCAGCGGCAGCGUUAGGAAAUUUAGAUGUCCUCACAGAAAUUCUGAGCGUAACCAAACAGCAUGGAAUUCUUGAAUGUCAAAAUGACGAAGGAGAAACCCCACUAUUUAAAGCAAUAAGACAUGGGCAUAUUGAAUGUGUUAAAAUAUUGCUAGACGAAGGAGCAUCAAUUAAAGUAAAAUUGCCAAACAACGUCAAUGUGUUACAUGUAGCAACUGAACAUAGUCAUGCAAAUAUAUUAAAACUUCUGUUGGAACACAAACACGGUAAAGCACUCGAUAUGAUCAAUUCACUUACAACGGCUAAUAAAAAGGGUUUUGGGCCCAUUCAUUUUGCUGCGUUCAAUAAUAACGUUGAUUGCAUUGAAAUUUUGCUAGAAAAAGGCGCUGAUAUAAAAUUAAGAACUACCGACACACCGUUUUAUGCAUCCACGUCCUUGCAUAUCGCUGCAGUUUUUAACUUUCUAGAGGUAUCUACUUUUAUUACAAAAUUUGACAAAUCAACUAUCCACGACAUGAAUAACAAAGGCUUUAAUCCACUGCACGCCGCGAGUCAUCAUGGAAGUAGAGAUGUUAUAUUAUUGCUCCUACAAGAAGGUGCAGACUUAUCGGGAUAUACCGAUUGUACAGGAAAAACGAGACAAACGGCUAUCCAUCUGAUUAUGAAUACUUUAUCAAAGCCAACUGACUUCAUAGAGGAUGUUUUCGAUUCCUAUAUAUCAUCUAAUUUGGAAAACUUUGAAGAUGCCAAUUGUGAAAUUACAAUUGAUUAUCGAAUACUUAUGCCUACUGUCUGUGAAAUGGAACAAAUGAAAGUAAUAGAAGCUCUUCUUGCAACUGGAAAUAGAUAUGACCAAAAGAGGUUACUAGUCCAUCCCUUAGUAGAAAGUUUUCUAUAUUUAAAAUGGAAAGCUUUAUUACCAUUCUUUUAUACAAUUAUAGUCGUAUAUGGAAUUUUUGUUUCCUCACUUACUAUAUUUAUUGUUUCUGUGUUUUUUUAUAAAGAUACUAAUGAUAGUCCCCCAUCAUGUCUGGGUACAACUGUUUGGAGUUAUUUCAUAUAUGCAUCGGUCUGCCUAAUUAUUUUACAGGAAAUCCUAUACAUGAAUGUUAAAAGUUCUCGAUACGUUUUUCAAAUGGAGACGUGGAUCAAAUUCGGAUCUAUUGUUUUUGCUCUAAUACUGCCCAGUGCUGUCAUCGUGUCUUCUGACAUGGAAUGGUCUAGGCACAUAGCCACAUUAGCAUUGCUCCUUUCCUGGAUAGAACUAAUGUUUUUACUGUCACGAUUUCCUAAUUGGGGUUACUAUGUUCUUAUGUUUGGAAAGGUUGCCGCCAAUGUAGUUAAAAUUCUUUUAACAUUUGCCUUCCUUGUAAUUGGUUUUUCUCUUAGCUUCAUGAUACAAUUUCACUCGAAAAUUCCUUUUGAAAGUCCUUGGGCGUCAUUCGUCAAAACAAUGGUUAUGAUGACUUCAGAGUUUGACUAUGAAAGCUUGUUUGAUGCAGAACAUUCUCAAGAUCUAGCAACUUCUAUUAUAAUAGUGCGACUUAUUUUCUUAAUAUUUCUCGUAUUGGCCGCAAUUGUACUUAUGAAUUUGAUGGUUGGUGUGGCCGUAAGUGAUAUAAACGAUCUAGAAAUAUUGGGAAAUAUAAACAGGCUAGCUAAACGAGUGGAAUUUCUAUCAACAUUAGAUAAUCUAGUAUACAAUAGAUUUUUCAGUACCAUUCUACCGUUAAAAAUAAAUGAAGGUAUCAAAAAUAAACGAAGAGUUCCAGACAAGGUUACUUUAUGUCCUGGAAAACCAAGAUGGAAAUAUUACAAAGUACUGCCAACGAAUAUUCGAGAUGCCAUUUUAACCAUUGCCCAGGCGCAAAAAGAAUUAAAAGACGAAGAAAUUGAUUCAAAAGAAUUUCGGACAAAAAUCAAUGAAAUGCACGAGGCUAUGAAAAAACUAGAGGAGAAACAGAAUGAGCAAAGUGAUAUGAUCAAACUUGAGAUACAACUAUUACAAAAAUUGAAAAUUGAAGAGGCCCUCAAAGAUUUCUAUUUGAUGCAAGCGACGGAAUUAAAAGAAAUAAGUAAGGAGGUUAACAGUCCAUUAGAAAAAUUAAACGUUAAAGUCGAUCAGUUAUCUGUAGAAAUGGAAUCUAUAAAACAGACUUUAUCACGAUUAGAAAGUAAACUAGGCAGUUUAAAAUAAAUGUCAAAUUGUUGAGAAAAUAAAUGGUUAAAGACCAUCAUCAAUGCCUUCUAUUUAAACACUUGAUAAAUUAUGUAAACACGAUUCUUACUUAUUUAUUGUUCCACAUAAUUAUAUUAAAUAUGUUUACUUUUAUAAUAAUUAAAUUAAUAUAAUGAACAUUGUACAAUUAUUUUAAAAGCAAUGGCAUGCUCUGAUAUAUGUAAAUUGCAUUUAUGAAAAUUA